CGUCUCUCACCAACAAAUUAGGGGUAUACCCAAAAGCAUCAACGCUACCAAUGCGUGCGGUCAGCCCUAGAUUAAGACUAAGUCAAGAAACUUUAUUACAAACGGAUAAAUAUACACAAAAACUUAAUGGAAAUGAAUAUUCAACAACAAAAACUGAUUACGACAAAUAUUAUUCGAGAAAUUUAUAUGACAGCGAUCUGAUAAACUCAGAUCCAAAUAGUGGUAAAUUUAUGUACAAGGAAGAUCAAGACAGGUACGGUAGUAAACAGGGAUUAAUAAGGGACUACGACGCCGAAUAUGGUUCCAGGGAAAUGUUUGUAGACGCAGAAUAUGGUUCCAGGGAUAAUUUAUUGGGCACAAAUCAUGGAGAGUAUGAUAGUAAUUAUUUGAGCAGAACUGGCGAAGAUUGGUCGAGACUGAGAAGAUCAGGAAGUCAAGUCGAUGAUCUCAACUUUAUUGAUCGGGACCAGAUAAAUAGGCAUUUAAAUGUAUCUGCUGGUGAUUUGUUGGGGCGUACACAUGAGGAAUUAGUUCUUCUGUUGAUUCAAUUGAGGAGACAAAAUGCAGCAACAGCAAGAGCGGUCGAGCAGUGUUGCAGUAAAAUACAUCAAUAUCAGAGUCGUCUCGGAAAAUCGAUCGACGAUUCCAAGCAGCGUGAAGAAAACUUGCAAAAAUUAAACGCUCUAAAACACCAUUUGCUCGAGCUGGAGAAGCAGUACGAGAAAGGUAAACCCUUGGUCAAUCUAGUGGACAAUAUGGUCAAGCUGGGAGCUCUUUAUAAAGGAAAUGCUAAACCGACAAACCAACGACAUAAUGGCGGUUAUUUGAAUGAUAAAUUGGAGUUUAAUCAGAGGCUGGAAGAAAGAAGGCUGAUGAAAGAAGAACAAAAAUAUUGGGAUAGUGCUAACGUGGAUGAGCAGCAAUUGCAAAAUAAAAUGCGGCAACUUCAAGAGUAUAGCGACCAACUUCGCGAGCAAUCAAAUACUUUACAAGGACUACGCAAAGAUGAAGAAUCGCUUCGAGGGGCUUUGGCAAGCUUAAAGACACGUAUGCAGCAGGGUCAACAAUUGAAGCAGACUCAUAGUACUAUGAAUUCUGCUGCUGGGAGAGCCGAGUUGCUGGAAAAAGCCAGGGAACAAGAGAGGGCUUUGGAACGAGAACUGACUAAAGUUCGGGAGCUCUUGGUGAAUAAUUCCAAGAAAUUAGAAAAUACGUUGUCCGCGAACUCAAGAGCUGAAGAUGAGUUACGAGUAAUGACUCACAGAUUUCAAGAAUCCAAAACCAAUAACGGUUCUCAACAGCAACUAUUGUUUAUGGGUAACAUGAAUAGCAACACUAAUGGAACUAGCAACAAUCAAACUGAUAGUGUGCCCUAUGCUGGAGGAGCAACAGCCUUACUUGAAUCGGAACUAAGGCGUGUGCAAGAAGUAGUCGGUGACAUCCAAAGACAGAGACAAGAAUUGAGUUUAGCUGUACGUGAGUUGACAGAUAGAUCACAAUAUGUUGAUAGAGAUGUCUUGCCUAAACAGACUUUAACAUCAAAUGCAUCUAUAAAGAAGCGGCCUCAAGCUACAUGGCUAGAAACGGACCUAGAUUUGAUGAUUACAUUGGAACAUGGUAUCAAUAUCGAAAGCGAUGAACAAACAAAAAAUAAUUUAUACAAGAACAUGAUAAACAAUACAACGUCAAAUAAUGGCUGCAAUUUAAAUGUUGAGAGUAGAAAUGUGGAGGAUGAUGAAGAUAGUGGUUCUGAAAACAAAGCUUUGGGAGCCCUGAAUGCAAAUUCUCAGGAGAGAUCGGAAGUAAAAACUGUGCGGAUCGUAAAACGAGAAAGUGAACGAAGACACCGAGAUCGAAAUGAAAAAACUCAAUCAUGGAAUUACACAAGUAAUUUGGAUCAUGUUAUGGAAGAAGAAACAAAUCGUCCUAAGUCUGUUUUUGAAAAUGAUUUAACAUCAAUAUCAUCCUCGAACCAGCAACGACCUUACUCAUACGCACAACAAUACAGUCGCAAUGCAAUAAAUAAUUCCAACUAUCCCUCGAAUGCAUCAACCAGUUUUCUCGGUGUUUCCAAUAACAUAUACACAUCCAAUAAUUAUUCAUCAGACAAUUUAUCAUCUAGAGAUCUACUAAACGAAAAUAAUUUGAUACUUAGUAAAUAUAAUUCCGCGGACCAUUUCUCAUCAUCACAAAAUUUGUAUGGAAAAUCGGAAUUUCCUUCUUCGCAGAAUUUGUAUGGAUCUCGUGAUCUCAAGAAUUUGUCAAAAUGUGAAUCCAUUGUUAGCCUUAGCAAAUCUGCUGAAUUGUCACCAGUUUUCCAUAGUCAAGCAGCUAAAGACAUAAUAAGUACGAUCAAUAUCAAUGAUGUGAAAACUGAAGAUAAAUACAACUCAAAGAGUGAAGUCAUGAUUCAUAAGAGACAAGUGCCUAAAGAGAAGAGGAGACAUUACACAGCUCCAACUAAUGAUAUCAAUAUGAAAGGAGUUGCUAAUAUGGAUGGAUCCUACAGCAAUGGUGGCACCACAGACUUAAGCUAUAGUAAAGAGCAAUAUGACUACAGAGCGUGCGACGACUUAGAUAUGGAAAGAGCACUCAGAACUAAAUCUGCAGAUGAUUCAACAACAAUUAUUUCAUCAGGCUCGAAUUCUAAUGCACCUGAUCUAGUUAGAUCGACAAUUCAAGAUUCAGAAUUAUUAUUGUCAAAUACAUCUUACUCCAAAAACCACAACGGUGAUUAUAUGUAUGGUUCGAGCUAUGUGAAUAAUGCCGAUCAAAAAAUUACAUACAGAAAUACAAAUAUUUCUGAUAGUAUUGAACGAAAAUAUAAUUAUCUUACUCCUAAUUCUAAUAAAGAUGACAAUUAUAUGGACAUGACUUAUUCUUCUAAGAAUACUAAGAGCGCUCUCAAACAAGAUGAUAAUUUCUCAUCAAAAAAUUUGUUUUAUAAUAAAUUUGAUUAUGGUUCGGAAAAUUAUGUUUCAAAAACAAGAUCAUCCGCUCUUGAUGAUACACCAAUUUCCUCAUCAAGAAAACCAGAGUUUAUAGAAACAAGUAAGGACUAUUUACACACUAGAACUUUCAGUGAUAAAAAUGUUUGUGAUGAUGAUUCUUACACUUAUCACUCAAAAGAUUCUAAACUAGCAGCUGAUGGUAAAUAUUUUUCAAAUGAGAAAAAAAUUGAUGACAAUUUAUGCUCCGAUUCUGUUGCUGAUAAAGAGACCAGUAGUGAUGUUCCAGUGAAAAAAGAUUCAAGGUUUUCUGAUAAUACAAUUGAUAAGCUGCUGGCAGCCCCUAGCAAGAUUUUGAUACCGGAAAGAUACAUACCAGAGAAGGCGCCUGAACUAACACCUGAAGAAUUAGAAAGGCGUCAGCAAAAAGCAGAAUCUAUUCGAAAAAUGCUAUCAACUACUUCAAUAACUCCAACAGCCAACAACACUACCAACCAAGAAGGACAAGUAACAACAAAUGAGAAACGCCAACGUGAACAUUUAUUGCAGCUUAAUCAAAUUUUAGCUAAAGAAGUUAUGGAAAUGAGUAAAAUCGUAGCAGCUCGUGCAAUGGCUGAAAUUUCUUGCAAAACUGAAGCCAACAAUCAUUACUAUGAUGAAGAUGAAUCAUCACCAAUUGCACCAUUUCCAGUAUAUCAACAGAGAGAAAAUUAUUUUACAUAAAUGCAGCAUUGCUUCUGGGGUACAACUAUUGAACUUCAAAGAAAGAAGUCAGAUCCUUUGCUUUUUAGAGUCUCUUAUAGUUCUCGAAUCAAUUCCUUUCUUAUAUUUUGGUUCAACUAGAAGAAACCUCCUCUCGUUUCGACAGGACGUUAAUUUUUUUUUUUUUAUCUUUUCCACCAAUUAGAAAAAAUCAGAAAAAUGGAAAAUCGAGGUUAGAAAGACAUUUUUGCAAAAAAAUCGAUUUUUUUAAUCCUCUAAAGUAGGCU